GUUUCCUUUGUGAGGGAAGCUUGGUUCUAAACGGUAGUAAUGCUCUUCAAUGGGAUUUGACUAAUUACACUACCUCAUACGGAUAUCCUGUUUAUCGAGAAAGAUGCAAUUUUACCAAAAAUUGGGAUUCCAAUAAUUACGAAGGCAUAAAUUAUACUCUGCAUAAAGAUUCGUCUUUCGUAACGGAGCCUUGUACGCGUGGUCAAUCAGGUCCUUUGCGUGACUG